AUGCCGCUGAAGGGGAAAAGGGGUUCUGGAAAAGGGGAGAAAGGAGGUGCAGCCUCUAGGGGUGACAGUGCUGACAAGAAGGCUCAGGGACCUAAAGGUGGUGGCAGUGCAGUGAAGGUCAGAGACAUUCUAUGUGAAAAACAUGGCAAAAUCAUGGAAGCCAUGGAAAAGUCAAAGUCUGGAAUGAGAUCCAAUGAAGUGGCCGCACAGUACAGUGAAGAUAAAGUCAGGCAAGGGGGUGACCUGGAUUGGAAGACCAGAGGGUCCAUGGUAAGACCGUCUCAAGAAGCCUCUUUUGCCUUGCCUGUAAGUGGGAUGGAUAAGCCUGUGUUUACAGACCCACUGGUUAAGACAAAAUUUGGGUAUCAUAUUAUUAUAGUUGAAGGAGGAAAAUAA